UUUGUCAAAUUCAGGUGGAAAGUGUCGGUUCCACAGCUCGCCUCCUGGCAACGGGCACACGCGGGUCCUCCUCCCGGGGACAUCUCACUCCGGUAUCCGUUCUUCCCUGCCUCUGUCCCCGAAGGCUGGCUAGCGAACCCACGUCGUGUCUGGUCUGGCAGACAGUGAGCAUCCGUUCGACCGUAAAUGCCGAUUCCCCCCCCUGCGCACCAAAAGCGGAUUAUUCAGGAUGUUUUCAGCAUGGUGUAAAAGCCGCGGAGAAAUAUUGGUUUUUACCCAAUUAUACCAGAGGACCGCCCGUGCUUCGUGAAAAUGAAAAAAGGAUACAAUGCAGCAUGCAUGUUGUGCAUUCUUCGGGACGUACCACACCGCUGGUGUGAAUGACUUGUGGCUGUAAGGUGUCGUGAGUGGGCCAGGUUCCUGCACAGCCUCAGUAGCCUGACUGCUGGGAGGAGUCAAGUGGAGAGCAGACAUCCGUGCCCAGGGGACCUGAGGCCUGGUUCUCCAUAUGAGGCCCUGCUGAAAGGGCAGGGGGGCUUCUGAGUGUGCCCAAGGGCCAUUGAAAGCCCCCUUGGGGGAGUUUCAUAAAUACACACCGAGCAAGAAAAGACUUCUGGACUAUUGUUAUCAUCUCUACACACUUUCUCUCACACACACAUACAUUCUCGCGCACAAACCACCCACACAGACAAGGACAUAGAGAGAAUGUUGGAGGUCCAAGAGGAGAGGCCAGCGGCGGCAGGUACAGCAGCGACACACUUCAACAAGAAGGAGCGAGGGAAGAAGGAGCGAGAGGAGGCCAAGGACGGUCGGGGGAACCUCUCCAACAUCGGGAAUCCCGCGCCUGGCUCCAGGAACGUGCGCGCAAAAGCGCCGCUCACGCACACCGGCAGUCCUCACCAGCUCAUCACUCCACCCUGUUCCGUAGUCCUGGGAGCCCCAUCAAUGCACUCCAAUAGGCUGAAGAACUCCCCGUCCACCAACACGCAGAGCCCUAAACCUAAGACGGAGGCCAUGGUACGCUCCCCUCCCGUCAUGUCCCCCUCCACUGCCACCCAGAUAGACUCUAAAAUGCCCAAUCAGGGCAAACCAGGGAGCACUGGUAGCCAAUCACAGCCCUCACCCUGCGACCCCAAGACCCUGGGCUCCAAAGGGGCUCAGAAUGUGACCGGGGGCAUGGGGCUGAAGAACGGCCAGGGCCUGACAUCGGGCCCGAGCUCCAAGGUCAAAGUCAAAAGGGAGCGAAGCACCUCGGUAGAGUCGUUUGAGCAGCCAGAAGGUGGCACACCCACCAGUGAGGAGAAAGACAGUAGCAGGGUGAAGAGGAUGUGUGUGGCAGAGAGGAGGCAGCCGUACAGUGGAGCUGACUGGUGCUCUGGGGGAGAAAGUGACGAAGAUGACAAAGGAUUCUUCAACUGUAACUCCAGUGACGUGAAGCCCCAGGACUCCGUCUCACAUUCUACCUCCAAUGCCGGACUCAGUCGCUCCUCCACACCUUCCCACAAUACACUGGGAGGCCAGGGCUCGACAACGGAACCUGCGAGUGGCCAGAAACCAGGCACAAAACUUGUUUAUGUCUUCACCACGGAGAUGGCCAACAAGGCAGCUGAUGCGGUUCUAACUGGCCAUACAGAAAACAUCAUUGCCUUCCACAUGAAAAACAUCUCCAGCAGCAAGGACAAAGCUCACCUCCUCCUGAAUAAUGCAGCAAGCGCCCUUCGAAAUGACUCCAAGCCUCCCCAGCAGCCCCCGUCCCAUGCUCAAGAUCAGAGCCACCAGCCUGGAUCCAAGCCGUCCUUACCGGGCAUGGCAGAGCCGACCACACCCCAGCCUUCAAACCAAGGGAGCCAAUCUGGUGUUCUUCCGCAGGAAGGGUCGUCCUCUGCAGGCAUGGAAUCCAAAAAUCUUCCCGGCAGUAGCCCCAGCAACGCUAUUGCUGCAGUUGACCAGGCCCCUGUCACCCAACCUGAGGCAGGCCUCAACCCUCCAACAGCAGUUGAGGGAGGGCAGGGUGGAGGCUCUGGUGGAGCGGGUUUGACACCCCAGCAGCAGCAACAGCAGCAGCAGCUGGCCCAGGAGCUGUUGAACAUGGAGGCCAACACAGAGGGUCUGUCCCAAGAACAGUUGGAGCAUCGCCAGCGCUCCCUACAGACCUUGCGAGAUAUUCAGCGCAUGCUUUUCCCUGAUGACCGUGAUGCCCCACAAGCUGGGCCCCCACAGUCCCACGGUGGACCCCACGAUGGAGGCCCUGAUGGUGCACCCCGAAGGUCUGAGCAGGGCCCCUUACAGGCCAUGAUGGCACAGUCUCAGAGUCUCGGACCACCAGGUGGGCCAGGAGGACCUCGCCCACAAGGUCCACCCUUUGGCCCACCCCAUGGUCCACCGCAUGGUCCCCCCCACGGCCCCAGGGACAUGCCCCCAUUUCCACAAGAUGAAAUGGGUGCACACAUGGGGGGUCCAGGGGGCUGUGGAGAUGGAGAUCAGAUGACUCCAGAACAGGUGGCUUGGUUGAAGCUACAGCAGGAAUUUUAUGAAGAGAAGAGGAAGAAACAAGAAAUGCAGCACCGGCCACUUCCUCCAGACAUGAUGAUGCACCCCCACGGUCCACGCGGCAUGAUGCGAGGCCCCCCGCCUCCCUACCAGAUGGGCCCAGGAGAGAUGUGGGGAGGACCAGGUGGUCCACCAGAGCACUACCAGGAGCGCAUGGCCAUGGGCCCCGGACCCGGCCCCGGCCCCGGCCCCAGGGGUAUGCCCCCACAUAUGCAGAGAAUGCCUGGCUUCUCUGGUAUGAUGAAUCCUGAGAUGGAGGGGCCCCCAAGGCCCGGAAUGGGCUGGCCUGACGACAUGCCUCCCCGUAUGGGAGAUGCACGAGGCUUCCCCGGAGGACCUGGGGGGAUGUUUGCUGGUCCAGGGGGUCGUGGUGAGCGUUUUCCAAAUCCUCAGUCAGUCCAAGAAGCAAUGUUCCACCAAGGUAUGGGUGGAGAGAAGGGCAUCCCUCCAGGGAUGAUGAUGGACAUGCAAAGGAUGAUGGGGCACCAAAGAGGUGGAAUGGAACCUGGUAAUGGCAUGGGCAUGUUUCCCAGAAUGCCCGGGGAUGGUCCUAUGAGUCCGUCUUCUAGGCUCCAGGGGAUGGGGGGAAGGGAAAUGGGACCCGAGUUUGGCAUGGGGCCUGGCCCUGGGCCAGGACCUCAUAUGCACCCUGCCAAGCUACGAGAUCCCUCCAUGAAUAUGAGUCCCGAGGAGAUCAUGAGAAUGAGAGGAGGUGGAGGACCUCCAAUGGAGAACAUGGGUCCACAAGGCCGGCCCAUGCAGGGUCCACCCUUCCCUGAGCAGUCACAACCAGGAGACUUUCCUAUGGGGCCUGGGCGGCCCUUCCCAGGGGGUCCGGGAGGAAUGAGGGGUCCGCAUGUAGACCAAGCCUUUGGUCCAGAGCACAGAUCUACACCAACAGGAGGCAAUGGCCGUAUUAACCACCUCCCCCCUGCCGGUGGUCCUUCACAAAUUCAGAGGGGCCGCAAGCCAGCCGAUCUGAAUGUCCAAGCAGGAGGGGGAAACUCUCCCAGUAUCAACCCACUUAAGUCCCCUCCUCUGAGGCAAGUGCAGUCCCCCAUGAUGGGCUCUCCCUCUGGAAACCUUAAAUCCCCUCAGACGCCGUCCCAGCUGGCUGGCAUGCUCAGUGGUCCCACAGGCCCCAGUGCCCCUCCACCUCCCCCAGCUUCAGCACCAAUGAAAUCCCCCCACUCCAUGAUGGGAUCAGCUGGUGCCUCUCCUGUUCACAUGAGGUCUCCUUCUCUUCCAAACCCCUCUCCAGGAUGGGCAUCCUCACCAAAGCCACCCAUGCAGAGUCCCGGAGUACCACCUCAAGGUGGCAAACCUCCCCUCAGUAUCACCUCACCAAACAUGAUGGGUGCCAUGGAGCAAGGUGGUAACGGCCCUCCCUCAGCCCCGCCUUCAUCAGGGGCUCCAUCUGGCCCCAUGUCCCUACCAGGCAACGUUCAGUCUGGCAGUCCGUACGCCAUCCCCCCUGAGCCAACUCUAUCCCAGAACCCUCUCUCCAUCAUGAUGUCACGCAUGUCCAAGUUUGCAAUGCCCAGCUCCACCCCACUCUACCAUGAUGCCAUAAAGACUGUCGCUAGCUCUGACGACGACUCGCCCCCAGCUCGCUCCCCGAACCUGCCUUCAGUAAACAAUAACGGUAUGGCAAUGAAUCACCAAGUCAACCCACGUAUGAUGGGACCUGGAAAUGCUGGACCCAUGUCUGCCCUCAGCCCUCUGGGCAUGAAUCCAAUGGCGUCCCAGCCCCUCUCCCAUGGCAUGCCCCCACAGAUGCCCUCUCCCAAUGCUCCUAAUAUGGGCCCAGGCAUGAUGCCUCAUGGUAUGAUGAUACCACCAAACCCCCAGGACCCUGGUAUGGGAAACCCCCAAAUGAUGUCCCAGGGACGCAUGGGUUACCCUCACAGAGGCCAGGGAUACCCCCUCACCCAGUCCCCUUCCCAGCAGGGCCCUUUCUCCCCGCACAACGGUCCUGGUCCCCAAGGUUUCCCUGGCCAUCCCAUGGGCUUCCAGGGAGAAGGGCCUAUGGGAGGACGGAUGGGGAACAUGCCUCACGGAGGAGGGGUUGAUGGGGGCAUGUGCAAGCCCAAUAACCCCGGAGGGCCGGAGUUCAACAACAUGCAAGGUGGAUUCAGUGAUGCGGACCUUCAUGAGGUGAUGCGGCCGGGAGCAUCUGGCAUUCCCGAAUUUGACCUGUCCAGGAUAAUCCCGUCAGAAAAGCCCAGUCAGACUCUGUCUUACUUCCCCCGAGGUGGGGGAGACAACCCUGGACACCCUGGGCACCCUGGACAUCCUGGGCACCCCGGGCACCCCGGACACCCUGGACACCCUGGACACCCCGGACACCCUGGACAGAAACCACCACACCCCUCCGGCUUCCCCAUGCAGGGCAUGAUGAGCGAUGGUCCACCGAGGAUGGGGAUGUCCAUGCAGGGGAUGGGGGGGAUGCCAGGGGGGCCCGGCGGGGGAAUGGGCCCCCAAGACAUGCCAAUGGGCAACCCUGGCCACAACCCGAUGCGGCCCCCAGGAUUCAUGGGCCAAGGCAUGAUGGGCCCCCAGCACCGGAUGAUGUCUCCUGGGGGUCCAGGAGGGAUGAUGCAGGGGAGACAAAUGGCCCACCCAGGCCCCGGUGGCUCACCUAACAUGAUGAUGUCACUGCAGGGCAUGGGCGGCCCUCCACAGCAGACAAUGAUGAUGGGGGGUCAGAUGAGGCCACGUGACAUGGACAUGGGGUUCAGUCCGGGCCCUGGAAUGUUCUGAUCCUACAGAAACCUUGUAUGUAGAAUGUUCUUGGACAAUACACAAGGAUGGAAUAAAGGUGACGGUGUGUUCAGAAAACUCUGAUGAUCUCGAGUAAAGGAAGUAUAAUACAGGAGAGAGGAUGUACCCAGAAACGAACAGAACGGAGCUAACCAGUCACCGAGUAAUGUCCUGUGGGAACUAUUCCAAUGGAGACUCGGGACAGGCCCAGAUUGGAGUACUUUUGCCACAAGAACAUUUGAUUUUGACUCAUGAACUUCAGAAUGUAUGGGAUUGUUGUGCAUCAAUUUCGCAAAAACUGUUCUUGUGUUUUUUUGAUUAUCUGACUAUAAAGAUGACUUUCAACAUCAAAGAGGAAUCAACCUAACUCAAAGUCAGCGUGGAGAUGCUACAGUAUAUGUCUACUUUUUUCAAAAAAAACGAAAACAAAUUUGUCAUGAAAGUGGUAUGGAACAAGAGAAAGGAAUAAGAAGAAUUUGUGCUUUGUGAAGACUUUAGUGGAACUCCAUCUUGUCUCUCGCUCCAUUGUUUUGACUGUUUCUGUACAGUAUAUACGUGAGAGUGUGUGCGUGUGCUUGACAGACUGUAUGUUUGUGUGGUAUGUAUGUGUCUGUAUGUAUAGGCAUUCUAUCAGUGACCUCUCAACUCCUCCUACCCAACUUUCAUUAGGGGAGGAACGCCCCCUAAAAAUACUGUACUGUUUACCAUUGGUGGGCUAUUCGAAUUUUAGUCUAUUUUAAUUUCCUUUGUAACUCCAGUGUAUAACAAACCAAACUAUGACCUCAUUAAGAUAAUAGUAUUAUUAAAAAAGCACAAACAUGGACCGUCUGCAGAAAGCGUCUUCUUUCUACCAUUGAGAGCAACACAGUGAGGGUCCUGGCAGCUUUGCAGCACAACGAUAAACCCCGGUCCAGAUGAACAUUGGACUCGGUGCUCCAAAACUUUCAGGACUCAACGUUGGCCAGCGUGAAUAAUACCGCUAAUACCCAGAUGUGCUUUGUGUGUUCUUCUUGUUCCCGUUUUUUGCUUUUGACUCUCUUGUUGACUCUGGGUAAUAAUCAUUCCCACAGCAAUAAUCCCCCCCAAUGGUCAGCAGAAUGGGACAGGAGUGGCUGCAUGCCACAGCAGGUAUGCCAGGUAUCAUAGAACUAGUUAGGUAGAUCUGGUACAAUUUUUAGAAAGGCAGGUGUGGUGUCCAGAGGGAGACACGCGGAAAUGUAAACACGUACUGCUAAACCAUCCAGCUGACUUCCUCUCUUUUCUCUAUUGUAUAAGCUUGUCAUGUGUUUCUCCAUUGGCUUUGGUGCAGAAUAGCCUCCCAGGGCUGUGGUGAUGGACUACAAAUAAAAGAUAUUGUUUUGGUACAUACAUGUUGUCUAUGGAGUGUGUGUGUGUGUGCGUGUGCGCAUGUACGGGUCCACAUGGCUCUUGAUUAUUCAUGUCUUGUCAGUCAUGUGGAUCAGGUGGUGUCUUUCAUUCUACACGUCAAACCAGUUUACCAAAAACUGAGCUCGAACAAGGAGAGCAAGUCAUACAGAGCAGCAGCAUUGCCAAGUCGACAUUUCAUCACGAGGUAUUUAGCGAGAGCUGCUUUCGGAGGACACCACACUUCCAAAAUAGGUGCAAGCACGUUGAUGCAUUUGAACUCUACUACACUAGUUGUGCUUUAGUAAUCCCUGUAUUAAAGUUUUACUUAGCUGGUAGGAAUAGUACACGUGAUGUAAG